AUGUCUUCCGGGCUCAACAUCCUUCUGCUGCGACCUCAGCUCCUCCUUGCAUCCUUGCACGAUCUGGUCCUCUUGACGGCUUUACGCCUCAUUGAUCCGUCUCACGUGCCGAUCGCAUCAACGUUGUCUUUUGACGACGCUGCGCCUCUGGAAGAGGUCGAGACUUCUCAAAUUGCUAUGGAUCGCUUGGCGCAAUCUCUGCGAGUCAAUCAAGAGGUCAUGGAUAAGAUCCGAGGCAUGGAGAGCAAGUUGGCGUACCAGAUCAAGAAGCUGUCGGGGCUCGCAGAGGCCGAAGAGGCGAGGGGAAAGCAGGUGAUCGAGGAUGUAGAGGAGGAUCCGCUCGCUUUCCGACCCAACAUCAACGCAAUGGUCCUGUCGAAUGGCGACUCUCACGCUUCAUCUUCCAGAAAGCAAAGGUCAACAAAUGACAAUGUCGACGACGACGACAAGGAGGAUAAGAUCUAUCGUCCACCUCGAGUCGCAGCUAUGCCGUAUAAUGAGCCUGGAAAAGCUGCUCGAAAAGAUCGACGUGCGCCUGCUCUCUUGUCUGAAUUCGCCGAUACGAUGGAUGGCGCACCUAUUCUCGAAUCGACAUCCGGUCUGGCUACUCGACCUGUUCGAUUGGACAGGCACACCAAUUCUCUAUCUGCGAAGCGAGCCAAAGAGUUGAAGGAAAUCAAAGAGUAUGAGGAGGCGAAUAUGACUCGAUUGUCAACUACCAAACGAGAGGCCAAGAGACGUAGAGAAGAUGAAGAGGCUCUAGCCCUAGGACACGGGAUCAGUGAAAAGGCGCGUGGGAGAAGAGGCAAAGUCAACGGUCUCGAAGCUGAACUCGAGGGAGUUCUCGGAUCCAGAGGAUCAAGAGGCGUAUGGGAUGGAGUCAAGGAUUUCGGCAAGAGGGGAGACGCCGUUGAGAGAGGAAGAAAAGCUGGUGGUAUCGUCGAUAUUGGACCGUCGUCGUCAAGAAAGAAGAAGAAGGCUCGAUUCGAAAAGGAUCUUGCGGGACACAAGAAGAGGUCAAAAUAG